AUGGCUACCAACGGCAGCGCCUCCCCGCCCUCCAUGGCGCCGGCUUCCCCCGCUAACGACGUGCCUACUUCUGCUCCCGUACAGGAUAACAGGAACAUUGUCAGACGCAAGCUUACCGGCUACGUUGGAUUUGCCAACCUUCCUAACCAGUGGCACCGUAAGAGUGUCCGCAAGGGGUUCAACUUUAACGUCAUGGUUGUUGGUGAAUCUGGCCUCGGCAAGUCUACCCUCGUCAACACUCUCUUCAACUCCAACCUCUACCCUCCCAAGGAGCGUAAGGGACCCAGCCUCGAGAUCAUCCCCAAGACCGUCACCAUCCAGUCCAUCAGCGCCGAUAUCGAGGAAGCUGGUGUCCGCCUUCGCUUGACUGUCGUUGACACCCCCGGAUUUGGUGACUUUGUCAACAAUGACGAGUCUUGGCGCCCUAUCACCGACAACAUUGAGCAGCGCUACGACGCCUAUCUUGAUGCUGAGAACAAGGUCAACCGCAUGAACAUUGUCGACAACAGAAUUCACGCCUGCGUCUUCUUCAUCCAGCCUACUGGCCACUCCCUCAAGCCCCUUGACAUCGAGGUCAUGCGCCGCCUUCACACCAAGGUCAACCUGAUUCCCGUCAUUGCCAAGUCUGAUACCCUCACCGAUGAGGAGAUUGCCAGCUUCAAGGCCAGAAUCCUGUCCGACAUCAAGCACCAUGGUAUCCAGAUCUUCGAAGGGCCCCGUUACGAGCUCGACGAUGAGGAGACCAUUGCUGAGAACAACGAGAUCAUGUCCAAGGUUCCGUUUGCCGUUGUCGGUGCCACCAACGAGAUCAAGACCCCCGACGGACGUGCUGUCCGUGGCCGUCAGUACCCCUGGGGUACCAUAGAGGUCGACAACGAGGAGCACUGCGACUUCGUCAAGCUGCGCCAGAUGCUCAUCCGCACCCACAUGGAGGAGCUCAAGGAGCAUACCAACAACACCCUCUAUGAAAACUACCGUACCGACAAGCUUAUUGCUAUGGGUGUUUCUCAGGACCCCAGCGUCUUCAAGGAGGUCAACCCUGCUGUCAAGCAGGAGGAGGAGCGCGCUCUGCACGAGCAGAAGCUCGCCAAGAUGGAGGCCGAGAUGAAGAUGGUCUUCCAACAAAAGGUGCAAGAAAAGGAGAGCAAGCUCAAGCAAUCAGAGGAGGAGCUCUACGCCCGUCAUCGCGAGAUGAAGGAGCAGCUCGACCGCCAACGCGCCGAGCUCGAGGACAAGAAGCAGCGUGUCGAGAGCGGUCGCCCUCUCGAAAAGGAGGGCAAGCGCAAGGGCUUCUCUCUGCGAUAA